AGUUGCCAAUGGGGUGGCCCCUGGAUCACCCUUUAGCAUCGGCUACCAAAUAUGCCUGGACUUUUCCCUACCUUUUUUGAAACCCUGCUUGUCAGCAGCCAACCCCUUCGGACUGGGGGGCUUCUCCACCUGGGUACGGGGUGGGUGGGUGACCUGCAAAGGAGAGCACCGGGGUGGAGAGGGGCGCAGCACAGGCGGGUCCCCUCGCUCCUAAGCCAGGAUCCCAUAGCAGGGGUAACCGGCCCAUCGCUGCCCCUCCAGACUUUGUUUUCUUGCCAAUAUUCGCAACUCUGGGAUUCCCGCCAUCCUCUGGGGCAGCAGUGGGGUUAAGUCCACUUGCACCUACCGACCAACGGCUGUGCACAGCGCCUUCGCGGCGUCUCCUGAUUGGCGGACACACGGUGGGCGGGAGGAGAGAGGACGCCCCCUCUGCCCAGGGAUGCACUUAAAAGGCUGUGGUGGUGGUGGCUGCCUGCGCGCCCAGAUCACCUCCGCCAUGAGCAGCGCGGCUGGCCCGGACCUAGCGGAGGCACCCGAGGAGCGGUGUUUCCUCAGCACAGCCGAGGCAGCUGCCCUGGAGCGGGAGUUGCUGGAAGAUUAUCGCUUCGGGCGGCAGCAGCUGGUGGAGUGGUGCGGCCAUGCUAGUGCCGUGGCUGUGACCAAGGUGUUCCCUUUGCCUGCCCACUCCCGGAAGCAGAGGACGGUGCUAGUCGUGUGCGGCCCGGAGCAGAAUGGGGCAGUGGGGCUGGUCUGUGCCCGGCACCUGCGGGUGUUUGAGUACGAACCAACCAUCUUCUACCCCACACGCUCACUGGACCCGCUGCACCGGGACCUGACUACCCAGUGUGAGAAGAUGGACAUCCCCUUCCUGUCCUAUCUGCCCACGGAGGUCCAGCUCAUCAACAACGCCUACAGACUGGCGGUGGACGCCGUGCUGGGCCCCGGUGUGGAGCCGGGCAAGGCCGGGGGCCCCUGCAUGCGUGCACUGGCCACGCUCAAGCUACUGUCCAUCCCCCUCGUGAGCCUGGACAUUCCCUCAGGCAUGUCAGGUGGAGUGGGGGGCAUGAGGAUCUGGAGGGCUUGGGUGGAGGUCCCUGUACCCUGGCUUCUGGUGGUCCCAGCCUGUCUGCCCACUCUGAGCCUCAGUUUCCCCAGCAUGGAUGGAUCCUGCACUCUGGGUGAGGCUGAGGGUCAUGUCCAUCCCUCGGAUGGGGAGUACCCAGGCUGGUGCCCGUGUGACCCUGGGUCCCCUCCCCCCUACACCCAGCACAGUGUGCCCGCUGCCCACCCUGGCCCAGUCACCCGGGGCAGACGUGAGCUCACUCGGCAAAGGCCCCGCUCAUCCUGGCCACGGCCCCAGGCCUGUUGGAGCCAUUAGGCAAUGGGCAGAA